CGAGAAGUGGGCACGGCUGGGCACCGCCGUUUAUGCUUCCAGCCCAGAGGGAACUAUUAUCGCUCUAUGGGAGAUAGACCCCCUCCACACAACGUCCCCCCAACGAGGAGUAGGACAAGGGGGCAAGAAAAAGGAAAAACAGAUGCAGCAGAAAGUACAAGGCACCCUAAAGAAAAGAAUUUUCCAGAAAAGAAAAAAAAAGAGAAGGGAAGAAAGGAAAGAAUCCAAGGAAAGAUGGCAUGGACGGAGGAGUGUGUGAGAGUGAGAGGGAGAAGUGGAGGGGUUACAGAAGGGGGAAUGCAAGAGGGAAAAGGAAACCGAAGCGUGAUGAGAAUAGAACCACCAACACGUUUUGGAACAGCAGUCACUCACCUAAGAGCAAAGUAAGGAAGGAGGUGUAUAAGACCAACCCAGUCCCAGAUAGAUGACAGGUAGCUUGGCCAGUUCCCUCCUGGAGGACUCAGGGACCAACCUGGUAAGUAUCUACUACUAAGGAGGGCGUCGUUGGGGAAAUAGACAUGCACCGAGGUAAUAUCGGAGCUAUUGGACUUUGCCAAAUUAAUUGCAGCGGCUGCAGAUGAAGGAGGGGAGAAAGGAAGAAUAAUGCCAAUCAAUAGGGCAAGUGUCAUC